CUUAUGGCGUUAGACUUAGACGAGUUUAGCGUUCAUUUUCGAGUCUCAGAAAAACCGUUGUUGUUGCUGCUCUGAUUAGCGAUGUCUGCCACCGAAGAAGUCGAAGCUCCGACCGUGGAGGCCCCGCCGGCGACGGAGGAGAAGCCGGUGAGGGAGAAAAAGCUCAGGGAUCUGAAGGAGAAGAAGCCCAAACAGCCCAAAACCGCUGCUCAUCCUCCCUAUUUUCAGAUGAUCACAGAGGCACUGUUGGCUCUGAACGAGAAGAGCGGGUCGAGUCCUUACGCCAUAGCCAAGUACAUGGAGGAGAAGCACGAGGCGGUGCUUCCGGCCAAUUUCAAGAAGACUCUGGCUCUGCAAUUGAAGAACUCGGAGGCGAGAGGGAAACUGGUCAAGGUCAGGGCCUCUUACAAGUUGUCUGAGGCGGGGAAGGAGGACAAGAGCGCAAGCAAAAGAACAACUCGAGCUUCGAAGCCCAAGGAGGAGGAGAAGAAGAAUACUAAGACUAAGGCGUCUGCUGCUCCAAAGGUGACGAAGAAGAAGCCGGCUAAGAAGAAUAAGAAAUCGAGCGCUGCAAAGCCGAAGCAGCCCAAGUCGAUCAAGAGCCCUGCUGCUAAGAAACCCAAGAAGGCUGCUGCUUGAAAGCAUGUGAAAAGUUGUAUAUAAGUCUAGUGCUAAUAAGUUGAAGAAGGUUUAUGUGUUUUGGUGUUUAGGACUGUUGCUCUGUUUCUCUUUUGGGAAUGUGAAAUGUUUAGCUUAUGAGUGGUACUGGGUCUCUGUAAUUUGCUAGCUUUUGGGUUUAUGAUGGAAUGAAACUGACUUUUACUAA